AAAACCAUAGGUUUGCUAAACAUGCAACGUGUAUGGGUUGAAUUACUUAAAACAGUUUCUGUUUUCUCUGCAGAACUGUAGGCUUUUGUAGUCUUAGUGUGCCUGUGAUAUUAGCUUGCUAUACAGCAGCUAAAGAAGUGACUGUAAUACACCCUCAUGAUCUGCUUCCUGCAUAAAUAAAAAGGGUUAUUUCCUCCAAACAGUAAUUAUAUUUCAUCUGACUAUUCACGGCAAAAGUCUCAGCCAGUUGCAUCUCUGGAACAUUUUCUUCAAGAGGUUACAUUUUCAAAACUUCACAAAACAGGAUAUUAGCUCUGAAUAAGAGGAUGAUUUCUCACAAUAUGACAUGGAUAAGGUAUCCAAGCAACAGCUGGGACUCCUCCACUGACAUUGAAGACGUCAUAGCUUCUCAAAACAUCAUAUCAAGAUUUAUGCACUGUUAUAUUGCCUUUUUUGUGCCAGCAGGUUUAUUAACUGGCAUACUGAUCCUCAUCAUCUUCAUAAAGAACUUUUCGCAGAAUCGCAUCUUAGAAAACCUAAAUAUAUUUCUUUUAGAUUUCACCAUCAGCAAUAUUGCAAUGAUUUUUUUCUCAUUUACUGUCAUACCGAGACCUGGCUAUCUAAAGGCAACCCAUUUAGGAUGUGGAGUUCUAUCUUUUUUUUUCAAUGUCAGUUAUUUCAAUUCUCAGUAUCUUUUGAUUUUGAUGCUUCUCACUUUACUCAGUCCAUUUUCAUCCACGGCUAGUUGGAUGACUAGAGCAACUCAAAGUCCUCUGUUAUGUGUUGGAUUUAUACUAACAUGUGCUUGCUGCAUGUCACUGGUAAUGGUGGCACUUUUAGGCACAGACAAUUACCAUGUGAAUACAGACUGCCAGGUAGAUCCAUUAUUUGCAUGGCCAGACUAUGAGAUUAUUAAAUUCACCUUUGGAUUUGGAAUUCCUUUGAUUCUCCAAUUACUCUGUUUUAUUCUAUUCUUCAUUAAAGCAGCACAAUCAGAAGCAAGAAACUUAAGAAAGCAUAGUCACAUAAAAUUAAUGCUUGUUAUAACCAUAACAAUGUUUUCAUGCCGUCUAUUUUACAACGUCAUGAUUCUCUACAGGACCAUGUUAAAGAUACAGGAAAGCAUUGGAACUUUCAAGAAUGAGCUAAUGAUGAAUGCUGCAGAGAUCGUAUUAUUUAUUGAGAGCUGUGUUAGCUUGAUAUUCAUACUUUGUCUUCAUAAACCAUUGAAGAAUGGAAUAGCAGAAAUCAUAGCAAAAUGCAAAAGAACAGACACUACCAACAACCGCCCUGAUCUUGGUGACACUGAUGCACUAUGAAACUGCAUCUCGUGAUUCCGUUGCCCUGCAGAGUGCUGAUAUUUUGUAUAUUUUAAAUAAAGGACAGCUAUCCAUCUGAUACAUCUUACAAUUGGUAACAACUGAAGGAAAAUAGUCCCUUGGUCCAAUUUUUCCUCAAGGUCUCACCAUCAAGUUGUUAUUUAUAUAAAUUAGUUCCCUCCACUUCAGUGGGAUUGUUCCAGUGAAAAUCAAAAUUCUGAAAAAAGCCCACUUAAUGUCGGAAACAGGAUGCUUUUGUGACAACUUCAAUAUACCUGUAUAGGAGUAAACAGAAGCACCUUCACCAAAGCUAAAAACUGGAGAAAGAGACAUUUUGGUUCUUAACUGAAUUUUCACAUGGAAUUUAAUCCUUCAAGGCUACUGAUAUUCAUACAUUACACACUGUUGCCUAAUUCCAAUGGUCAAAGACAAUAUCAGUAAAAUACAGGAAAACUUCCUGAAAUUGUGAUAUACUGUAUUGCCAGAGGGUGGGGUGCAUGAUUCCACAAUUUUAAAACAUCCACGUUAAGAACAUUCUCUCCACCUUCCCUUCCCUGUUGGCCUUGGAGAUCAUAGUAUUUUCAUGAUUUGUUUUAAUUCUCUUGUGGCAAAAACAAUCUUGAGUAUUAGGGAAGGGCUAAGCCUAUUUAUCCAUGUAAAGGGAGCAGCCUUUGGAGAAAGAAGUAAGUUCCAACGGCUCAAGUAGAAGACAGUGCUGGAUUGAAGGGAAGGCCCCCUAUGGUCCCCUAUGAGACAAAGUACUGGGAAAGAGCAACAGGAUGACAGAGCUACCAGGAAUAACCAUAACUACAUCCCCACAAAAAUGGCAGGCAAUUGGACAAAAACAAGAGCUACUGCUGGGAACAAUAACGGGAAGAACCAAAAAAAAUAACAAUACCUACCCAGAAUCCAGUACCUGUGGACUAUUUUCGGGGUCACUGACUUGAAUGUAUUAAAAAAAGUUCUGCCAUUUGCAGAGUGGGAUUACAUGACUUGCAGUUACAGGGAGCUGCAUAGUCUUGCUAAGGGCCCCAGUCACCUGUGUCUGGGGGAGAGACCGUGUUAUGCACUGGGAAGAUGCCCAUAUUAUCUUUCAAAUUUGUGCUUGUAUUUCCCCAUACAGCUUUGUAUUGCUGCUGUUCUGAAUGCAUUGGCAACCCAAAGAAGGCUGUAAAAAAGGUCAUUACAGAGCCAGGCAGAAAUGUAAAACAAUCUAGGUAAGAAGCAUUUUAAUGGCCAAGUGCAGAA